CGAGCCCAUGGCCGCGCUCAAGUACGCGGGGCUGGAGGACACGGACAGCGAGGAGGAGCUGCCGCCGGGCUGGGAGGAGCGCACCACCAAGGACGGCUGGGUUUACUAUGCUAAGUGUCUGUUUUUCUUAGGUCAAUUGCUUGUGUAUUUCCUUUGACUUCAAAAGCCCUGUCAGGAAGGAUUCACUCGGUGAAAGUUACAAACCUGUGAAAUAACAAGGUGUUAUUGAGUAUAAUUGUUACAGAGUCAGUUCAACAGCCACCUAGAAGAAAAAACACAGUGGGAACAUCCUAAAUCUGGGAAGAGGAAACGUGUUGCAGGAGAUCUGCCAUAUGGAUGGGAGCAGGAGACUGAUGAAAAUGGACAAGUCUAUUUUGUGGACCACAUAAACAAAAGGACUACCUACCUUGACCCAAGACUGGCCUUUACAGUAGAAGAUAAUCCAGUGAAGCCUCCUACUAGACAAAAAUAUGAUGGGAACAGUACUGCAAUGGAAAUUCUCCAGGGUCGUGACUUGAGUGGGAAGGUGGUUAUAAUCACAGGAGCCAAUUCAGGAAUAGGAUUUGAAACUGCCAAGUCCCUGGCCCUGCAUGGGGCGUGCGUUAUCCUGGCCUGCAGGAGCCCGGCGCGAGGCGAGGCGGCCGUGCAGCGCAUCCUGGGGGAAUGGCAUAAAGCCAAGGUAGAGGCAAUGACCUUAGACCUUGCUUCUCUUCAGAGUGUGCAGCACUUUGCUGAAGCAUUCAAAUCCAAGAAUCUGCCCCUCCACAUCCUGAUCUGCAAUGCUGCUGUGUUUGGUGCUCCCUGGUCCUUGACAGAGGAUGGCCUGGAGUCCACCUUCCAGGUGAACCACCUGGGACAUUUCUAUCUUGUCCAGCUUCUGGAAGAUGUUCUACGCCAGUCGUCUCCUGCCAGGGUUGUCGUGGUGUCCUCUGAGUCCCACAGAUUUACAGAAAUUAAAGACUCCUCUGGAAAGCUUGAUUUCAGCCUGCUUUCUCCACCCAAGAAGGAAUAUUGGGCUAUGUUGGCCUACAACCGCUCCAAGCUUUGCAAUAUCCUGUUCUCCAACGAGCUGAACCGACGCCUCUCUCCCCACGGGGUGACAUCCAACUCAGUCCAUCCUGGAAAUAUGAUUUAUUCCUCCAUUCAUCGCAAUUGGUGGCUGUACACUCUGCUGUUCACCUUGGCUCGACCUUUCACCAAGUCCAUGCAACAAGGAGCUGCCACGACGGUGUACUGCGCCACGGCGGCGGAGCUGGAGGGGCUGGGCGGGAUGUACUUCAACAACUGCUGCCGCUGCCUGCCCUCGCAGCAGGCACAGGCCGAUGCCACGGCCGCUGCCCUCUGGGAGCUCAGCGAGAGCCUGAUCCAAGAACGAGUUGGCAGCCAGGCCAAAUAGCAGGGAGCUCCUGGAAGGAUCAAAACACACGAGUGUGUGCACGCUCGGAAACUGCCAACACUGGAACCUGUCCAAUCUUAUCAUCUAGAGGGUUUCCGUGUACCUCAGAUACAGAUUAACCGGUGUUAAAUGAAAUAAUAGCAGUCACAACAUAGUGAAAAAUGUUAAGUACUAAUGGGAGGUGGGGAAUACUGUGGGUUAAAGGGACAGUGAGGCUUCCUGGGGCUUAGUUAGUCUCGGUUCUCUUUCUUUUGAUUAUAGCCUGUUCAAAGUGUAACCCAAGGAGGCAUCUUCUCUCUUAUUUUAGAAAAGCAAUUCUGCAGAUAAUUUCUGUUGUUUUGAUUAAUGGGUAGGUAUGUAGCCCAAUAUGGGAUUUCCUCCUUAUUUUGAUAAUUACUGUCUGUUAGGCUUUAGGUAUUGAUUGGGAGAUGGUAGUUGUUUUGAUUCUUUUUCCCUACAAGGAUUUUAUUGGGCGUGGCAAAUCAAAAGAUUAUUGAGGAAAGAAAUCUUUUCAGCCCUUGACUGUUGGUUGCAAGCACAUCUGCACUGUCUAGAAAAAGAAGGUGCAGGAAGACAUCUGAACAGUAAUGAUAAGGUCACAGCUAAUUAAAUAUUUCUGUUUUUUUUUUUUUUUUCUUAAAAGAUUACAAUAAAAGAUAUGUUGUAAACCAUUCCCUAAGUACUGUCGAGUUAGCAAAGAUGAUGAUGUCUCCUUAAGAACACACAGAGUGUAAUCAGGGGUUUAAAUGGUAUUUCCAUCAAUUUCUUGGUUCACAGUUUUAAGGAGUUUUAUUUCCUUGAAAGUUCACAGUUUCUCAGUUUUCCUGAUACCGUAUCCCAUUCCAAAUCUGUCUUUUCUUUCCAUUUAAAUUCAAUAAAACAACAUGCUUGCUUGAAUAUUGUCUUGCUUGAAUAUUGUCACCUGAAGAGAAAGUUUAUCUCAUUUCUGCAAAUGUCUUAGUUCCAUUUUUUUCUAGAAAAGAAAACUUGAGGAAAAAUAAAGAGCUUCUUGUUGAUGCCAAGAAAA